AGCAGCGCGCCGACCACGUGCGCCGCCACGAGCGGCUGCAGCUGGCCGUGGUGGGCGCUGCGCGGCGCCAGUACAGCGACUCGCCUUACACAUGGCACGAGCAGCUGCUACCGGCCGCCGCGCGCUCGCUGCUCACCCAGCAUGCCGCCUGGGGCAACAUGAGCCGCGCCGAAAUGCUGGUGGCCGCCUGGUCCGCCUACGCUGAGGUGCACUGCACCGCGCCGCUCAACUACAAGUUUCUCUUCGGCACGCUGCAGAGCGUGAAGCAGUGCCUGCUGGAGGGCGGUGCCACAGCCAGCGAUGUGACGCGGUUCCUGGACACAUUCCAGCGGUUCACGGACCACUGCUACGAGACGAUCCACAUGCACCGGCAUCUGUUCAGCUCCCAGGGCCCGGCCGGCUUCUACAGCAUCGAGUACCUGCUCAGGUGCUUGGUGCUGCUGUCCGAGUUCCCGGAGCUGAUCAAGAAGACGGCCGAGAAGCUGGAGGACGCCGAUGCCGCUCAUCUCCAACGAGGAGAAGGGCACGACAGAUAG